AUGUACUUUUUAUGUCUAUGACAGGUUCAAAUGUAUUUACGUUUGUAACACAAUUAUAUCUUAAAGAAAACAUAGUUCGUAAUAAUAAUCUUCGGAUUCAAAACUUUUAUUCAUUCUAAUGAAUCUGGAUCAAGAAGAAGAAAACAUAGAAAAUACCUUUUCACCACCUAAUAUAUACGAUCAACAGUACCCAGAUUUCGUAGAUAACUUGCUAAAAGAAGUAGCCGACGAUUUUGAAAGGGAAAAAAAAUUCUCUGAUCAAAAUCUAUUGAAGCUAUACAAGUUAUUUGACGGGACAUUUGAAAGAGCUUUAGAUUUAUAUGAGCAACAACGAGUGACGCAAAUUUCGACAUCUAGUACAAUUAUAACAGAGUCAUACAAGAAUGCAAGCGAGGCCAGUUGGUUGAUGCAAGUUAGAGGACACUCUGGAGCAUCAUACACACUUUUUCCUGAAGUAAAUUAUUGUUCUUGUGCAGCUUUCAGGUUUCAUACAAGCAUAAUGUUCUCUAAUGUGGAAGAUUACUUGUUGGUUGCAAAAAUAGGAUUGACAAAUUUGAAAACUGUAAUACAAUUAUUAAAAGCUAUUAAUUUUAAGGAGACUACAGCUAUUUGCCUUGGCAGUGAAAACGGAUUAAAAAUUACAGUUGAAGAUGCAAAAUGUAUGCAAGCAAUGGCAUAUAUUCCAUCUGCAGUUUUUGAUGAGUUUGAGUUAAAAGAGGAUGUGACUUUUUCAUUAAGUUUAAAUUUAUUAGUAGAGUGUCUGUCUAUGUUCUGGCCUACUUCACAAGAUAAUUCAGUUGCGGUGCAAAUAUUUUACAAAGGUACAGGUUAUCCUGUAAGUAUUAUUAUUGAAGUAGACGGUGUCAUAACAGAUUGCUCUUUAAAAACACUCGAAGUAGAUACAUUAUUAGAUUUUCAUCUGGAAUCCGAAAAUAUUGUAAACAAAGUAUUAUUGCAAACAGAAUUGUUAAAGGAUAUCAUAGCCGAAUUAGAUCCAACUAGUGAAAUAGUAGAGUUUCAUUUAUCACCAGAUGAUCCUUUCUUCAGAAUUAGCACAAAUGGUCUAGGUGGCAUUUGCCACAUUGAUUUACCUCAUGAUAGCACUUUAAUAGAUACUUUUCAAUGUACUGCAACGGCAACAUCCAGUUUCAAAUUAAUACACAUCAAACCGGCGUUGAAAGCGUUAUCGUGCGCUAAUAAAGUUUGCCUAAGAACCAAUAGUGCCGGAUUAUUGAACUUUCAAUACACAAUAAAAACCGAAAAUGGACAUACUUGUUAUAUGGAAUAUUAUAUAUCUCCAUUAAUAGAUACAGACGAUUAAAUAGUGAUAAUAUAAAUAUGAUACAUAUCAAAUCAAUCAGAAAAUGCUAGAGAGAUGCUUAUUUAUGUAUCAAAUUAUAUUACUAAAUAACUAAAUAUAUUUUAUAUAUU